UUUCCCUUUUUUUUAUAAAAAAAAAAAAAUUCCAUUUUUUAUAUCUAUCCUAUGAUUAAAUGGCACACACGGCUUUGCACAGCCAUGUGAGCUUCCUUUCCAACCAAAUUCCUCGCACAAAAACAUUGUACAAGAUUUUGCCCAUACCCCCAUUUGUGCAGAAAUUUGCUCUCUCUCUGUAAACUCUUGUGUUCUUUCUUUUUCGGGUUUGCUUUAGUUUCUGUUUUUUUUUUUCUAGCUUUUAAGACCGAGUCUUUCUCUACACUGCUUUCCCAGAAAAUCUUACUCGGAUUCGUAGCUUCUAGCAAUCAUUGUUUGUUAUAUUGUCUCACUGAUGGAUUUUGGUUCUUGGUGAAAUUAACUGAUAGAAAGGGUCUCUUCUUUUGGGGAUAUUUUGUUACAGUUGAAGUCUAGAUUAGUUGUUCUGGUGGCAUGUGAAUUUUCUGCCAAAGAUGGCAUCUUUCAGUGGUUUAGGAAUUGGUUUGAGCUUAGUUUUUGGUUGCUUUCUUUUAGCACUUGUUGCAGAGCUUUACUAUUUGCUUUGUUGGAAGAAGAGAGUUAUCAAGAGAGAAGUUAAAGAUGAUGAUUAUGGCAGCAACUAUGCAAAGGAAUUCUUUCACCUAAUCUGCUGGAGGAAACCUUCUUCUUUGCAAGGUAACAACACCAUUGGAGAUAAAGUGAGAGACCCAGAAGCUCAUGGCCAAGAGCCAGAUUUAGAAUUGGGGACCAGCAAGGAUUUGCUUCUAAAAGCUUUUGGUGAAGAAAGUGCAGAAUCAGAGCUCAUGAGACUGCACAAUCUCUCAGGCCCACCAAGAUUUCUCUUCACAAUCAACGAGGAAACAAAGGAGGAUUUGGAGUCUGAAGAUGGGAAAUCUAGGGGUGAUAGGAGCAGAAGAGGGUCAAGAACAAGAAGUUUGAGUGAUCUUAUGCUGGCUGUUGACACUCCAUUCCUUACCCCUUUAGCUUCACCACGUUUAAAGUCUCCUCCUUUAAAUCCUUUGGAUUCUUAUCAUCGACAUGGAUUCAAUCCUCUCUUUGAAUCAUCAAUGGAGGCAGAGAUUAACAGGCUGAGAUCUUCACCGCCACCAAAAUUCAAGUUCUUGAAAGAUGCAGAAGAGAAAUUGUUCAGAAAACUAAUGGAAGAAGCUGAGAAAAAGGCAGCCAAAAACAACUCCUCAGUUCAAGAUUCUGUUAUUAAACCUCCAAAUUCAACGAUAAUAACAGAGGAGACAGAAGGUUCUUUCUUGCGCUUCAUUGUUAGUAAAAACAACAAGGAAAGAGAUCUUCUUCAUCUCCCACAAUAUCCUUCAAGCUCAUCUCAAGUACUCCCACUGGUUUCUUCACCAACAGCUUUGAGACCAUUAGACAAGAAGCCAACUGCCCAUUAAUUUAAUUUGUGCUAAUUAUAAUUUUUUUUUUCACUGUUAAAUUAUUUUUCAAAAUGAAUACUUGUUCAUUGAAGUUAUGAACUUAUAGUAUUUCUUUAUUUCA